AUGAAGGUCAACGUCAAAACCGUGAAGAGCGAGCUCUUCACGGUCGAAGUCGCCGACGAGGCGUCUGUGACGGAUCUCAAGGCCGAGAUCGAGGCGAAGCAGGGGCCGGCGUAUCCGAAGGACGACUUGACGCUGAUCUUCAAGGGUAAGAUCAUGAAGGACGACGACAAGGUAUCUUCGCUCGAGGGCCUCGACAGCGGCUUCAUGGUUUGUAUGGUCAAGCCCAAGGCGCGCGCUCCGCCCAAGCCCGCGCCCCCCGCGGACAAGCCCGCCCCCGCCGAAGCCCCGAAGACAGCAGAGGCCGGGCAGGGCGGUUCCGGCGCCGCGGCGGCCGCUCCGGAACCGCCCGCGGGGCCCGCUGGGGACCAGCCCCCAGCAAGCGCCGCGCAGCCGCAGCCAGCGCCGGCGCAAGGCGACGCUGGGUACCAGGCUUCCGCGGGGGGGCUCGCGACGGGCGCGAACCUCCAGGCCGCCAUCGACAACAUCUGCGCCAUGGGCUUCGAGCGCGACCAGGUCCAGAAGGCCAUGCGCGCCGCGUUCAACAACCCCGAGCGCGCCGUGGAGUAUCUCAUGUCGGGGAUUCCGGAGGGCGUCGGCGGCGGCGCGGCGGCCGGCGGGGCCGCGGCGGCGCAGCAGCAGCCCGCGAGCGACACGGCGGGCCCGCAGGACGCGCAGGCGACGGGCGGGGAGGGCGCGCCGGGCGGCGGCGCGCUGUCCUUCCUGGCGACGAACCCCGAGUUCCUCGCGAUGCGCGACAUGAUCCAGAGCAACCCCGAGGUGCUCGCGGAGGUGCUCGGCGAGCUCGCGCAGACGAACCCGGAGCUGCUGCAGCUGAUUCAGCAGCACCGGGAGGAGUUUAUGGCACUGAUGGCGCAGGGGGGGGGGGCUGUUGGCGACGAGGGUGGCGAGGGGGCCGAGGGCGGCGCGGUGCCGCCGGGGGCGACGCGGGUCGUGCUGUCGCCGGAGGAGGCGGCCGCGGUGGAGCGGCUGGCGGGCCUGGGUUUCCCGCCGCAGCUCUGCUUGGAGGCGUACCUGAUCUGCGACAAGAACGAGGAGCUCGCGGCGAACUACCUGCUGGAGAACGGGAUGGACUGA